AUGCAGUUCACUACUCUCGCUGUCGGGCUCCUGGCCUCCCUCAGCUCAGUCACCGCUGUGGCUCUCGAGAAGCGUGUCGAUCACUAUGGUAUCGCUACGGUCAACCCCAACCCGAGCAAUGGGCUUGGCUCAUGCGGAAACCCCUUUCGAGACAGCCAGUACAAGGUGCGGAGUUUCCCCAAAACAAAGCGAAGGGAUACGCUUACUGACGGCGGGUUCAAGGUUGCGCUCAGCAACUACUGGAUGAAGAACCAGAGCCCCUCCUCGUACUGCGGACGUAAGAUCGUUCUCACGAACACUGGACCCAGCGGCGACAACUCUGUCGGAGGCAAAGGAAACUCCGUUGUUGUGACCGUCGACGACACCUGCCCUGGCUGCGAUGAGAACCACCUUGACCUCAGUGUUGCCGCCUGGAACAAGCUCACCAAUGGCCACGGCUACAGCCAAGUUGGCAUCACCUGGCACUUCUGCAACGCCAACGGCCAGUGCUAG